CUUUCUUCUUCCUCUUCCUCUUCUUCCUCCCCCAUUCACCACCCACCACCCCAACUCAAUCAUCAUGGCCAGCACGGUCGGACAGACCAUCACCUGCAAGGCGGCAAUCGCCUGGGGUGCCGGAGAGCCCCUCUCCGUCGAGGACGUCGAGGUCGCGCCUCCCCGCGCCCACGAAGUUCGCAUCCAGAUCCUCCACACUGGUGUCUGCCACACAGAUGCCUACACCCUCUCCGGUAAGGACCCUGAGGGUGCCUUCCCCGUCGUCCUCGGCCACGAGGGCGCUGGAAUCGUCGAGUCCGUUGGCGAGGGUGUCACCUCGGUGAAGCCCGGCGACUACGUCAUCGCUCUGUACACCCCCGAAUGCCGCGAGUGCAAGUUCUGCAAGUCCGGCAAGACCAACCUCUGCGGCAAGAUCCGCGCCACCCAGGGUAAGGGUGUCAUGCCCGACGGCACCUCGCGCUUCAAGGCCCGCGGCAAGGACCUGCUGCACUUCAUGGGCACCUCCACCUUCUCCCAGUACACCGUCGUGGCGGACAUCUCCGUCGUGGCCGUGACCCCCAAGAUCCCCACCGACCGCUCCUGCCUGCUGGGCUGCGGCAUCACCACCGGCUACGGCGCGGCGGUCGUGACGGCCAAGGUCGAGGAGGGCUCGAACAUAGCCGUGUUUGGGGCUGGCUGUGUCGGUCUGUCGGUCAUCCAGGGUGCGGUCAAGAACAAGGCGGGCCGGAUCAUCGUGGUGGAUGUCAACGACGACAAGGAGGCGUGGGCGCGCAAGUUCGGCGCGACGGACUUUGUCAACCCGACCAAGCUGGGCGGCAAGACCAUCCAGGAGCAGCUGAUCGACAUGACGGAUGGCGGGUGCGACUACACCUUUGACUGCACCGGCAACGUGGGUGUGAUGCGGGCGGCCCUGGAGGCGUGCCACAAGGGCUGGGGUGAGAGUAUUGUCAUUGGCGUUGCGGCGGCCGGCCAGGAGAUCUCCACGCGGCCCUUCCAGCUGGUCACCGGCCGGGUGUGGAAGGGAUGUGCGUUCGGUGGCAUCAAGGGCCGCACGCAGCUGCCGGGGUUGGUUGACGACUACCUGAGCGGGCAGCUGAAGGUGGACGAGUUCAUCACGCACCGCGAGGGCCUGUCGGACAUCAACAAGGCGUUUGAGCAGAUGAAGGCGGGUGACUGUGUUCGUUGUGUUGUGGAUAUGUCGUAG